AUGGAGAGCCAAGACCAACGUCCACCUGAGCAGGCAGUGGAGUCAUCGCCAGAUCACAGUCGUCCGCUCCGCACAAGAUCACACCCUCGCUUCUCGCCGUACUCAUCGACGACGCGCCCGCUGUUGCGUGAAACUCGCUCUCUCGACUCCAGCACACUUCCCACGGCGAUCGAAGAAAGUCAAUCGAUUGCGGAAGAAAACCAAGAGUUCCUCUACUUGCUGCUGGUGAAGCCUAUCGUGAAGACAACUGUAAGACAGCGUGAUACGUCUGGCAAUAUGCUGCGCGACACUGUCAAGAGUGGAAACUCGCUCGAAGAGAUCCUCCAGCAGCUUUGGUACGAAUUCACACCUCGGGUGAAGGGCCGAGCGGUGAAGACGGAUGGCGUUUGGACCAGAGAGGAGCCAAACAUUUCGGAAUGGUGGAAUGUGAUGCCGUUUAAGGUGAAGAAACACGUCGUGGAUGUCUCCAAGACUGAGUCCGCGUGGAAUAUGUGGCUGUUCAAGAUGCGUGGACAGACAGUGAAGCUGCUGAUCUAUGAGUACGGUGCUGAUAUCGCGAGGGCUCAAGAUCUGGAAGACUUUAGGGCAGCUCACGUCGUCCCAGACACAGAUCGAGCGGGAGCACCGUCAGAGUGA